UUGACGACGUCGACUGAGCAUGCACGUACUCCUUCGCCGGGUGACGGCGGUACCGCGGCAGUCGUCCAUGAUGUUCCCAAUGCUCCACCAUCGCUCGAUGAGUAGCAAGGCGGCGUAUGCGAGGCAGCUGAAGGAGAAGAAUCGACGGAUUCUGUACUACACGUCUGGCGUCGUGAUACUGUUCUUUGGUGGUGCGUAUGCAGCCGUGCCGCUGUACAAGGUGUUUUGUCAAAUGACUGGGUUCGGUGGCACCACGCAACGUAGUGACAUCUUGGCGGCCGACAAGCUUAGCCCCGUGGAAGGCGCACAUCCCAUCCGCAUCACGUUCGACGGCGGUGUCAGCGGCGCCUUGCCGUGGACGUUCAAACCGGUGCAGCGAGACUUGAUCAUCGUUCCUGGCGAAACCGCGUUGGCGUUUUACACGGCGAUGAACAAUACGGACAAGGCCAUCACGGGCGUGGCCACGUACAACGUGUAUCCCCCGAAAGCCGGCCUGUACUUUAACAAGAUCCAAUGCUUUUGCUUCGAGGAACAGCGGCUCAAGGCGCAGGAGGAGAUCGACAUGCCCGUGUUCUUCUUUAUCGACCCCGACAUCGUCGACGACCCUUCGAUGCAAAACGUGUCCAACAUCACGCUCUCAUACACGUUCUUCAAGACAGAUGACGUGGACGAGGAGGACGUCGAGUAAACUCCUGCCUAGCCAAGAAGUAUGGGACGACCAAUGUUGAUGUACAAUCAGUAAUGCAAUACAAUCCAAAGAUUAUUGGGCUGUUUGUUGCGGG